AAAAGUUUUAAUUUAGAUUAACGCCACGUCAGCUCUUAUCUGUCAUCCAGGAUCAUUUCCCGAGCAAGCCAUGCUCUACACUCUUUAUUUUUGGCGCCAAUGUUUUACCCUUUCUUUCUAUUUAAGUCGUCAAAAGCUCUCCUUCUAAUCUAAAUUUUGCUCGUUAAAGAAAAAGAAAAAAGAAGGAAAGAACUCCUUUCAGCUAUCGCUCCUCUGCUCCAGAUGUCUGGAAACAGUGAUAAUGAAAUGGAUAAUGACACCAAAGUGAAUUUUGAGUGUGAUGCUACUCAUGAACAAAACUGUUGUAGCUGUGGUGAUGAUGAUGGAUAUAAUUUCACAUCUGCUUCAGAAGAUUCUGAAACUGGAAGUGUUAACAAUUCUCACAUUGAUUUUGAAGAAAGACAAUCGUAUAUCGCUCUCGCAAUGUUAACUUGUGUUGAAGAUAUUUUAUCUAUGGAUAGUCUUGGUAUUCGAGUCAUAUAGGCGGUAAGCCUACUCGGAGAAUAAAUAAAUUAAGCGUCGAUGCUCUUCAAGCUGAGUGUUCAAAUAUUUAUAAUGAUGAGAAAGUAAGAGCUAAAAAGGUAUUGAAACAUUUGGAUUCCAAAUUACCCUUUCAAUUGAUGUCUUGAGAUGUCCAGCAGCUGGUCAGUAUUUGUGUUUAACUGCACAUUUGAUUGCUGUCGACUGGUGUUUGAGAAAUUGGGUAAUCUGUUUUAGGCCUAUUAGUAGGUCACUUGAUGAUGAUUGCUUUUUGUUACUAAAACCAUGCCAGGAUGAUCUGAACCUUGAAGGAGAAAAGGAUCUCCAUUACUGGUUCUAUUAGUUGAAUUUUCACCAUCAGCCAUGAUAGCAAAAAAAAAAAAAAAAAAAGGGUUAUACAGGCACCUAAUCUUGGUGCUCUGAUACCAUGAACAAUUUAAUGGUAGAACAAGGUCAAAAGUACCUUGGUUGUAUAUUCGUUAUAUUAACAAGAUUUACAGCAGGGGCUAUAUAUAUACAACGAUUACUUGUAUGCUACUCUAGCUAAGAAAGAAAGAGAAAAAUAUCCUGCCAGCUCAUUUGUACCAGCAGCAGAAGGAGACAGAAAAGAAUAACAGAAUGUGGUAGUGAAAUGGCAAGGAAUGAUGUGCAGGGAAUGAGCAGAGAAUCUGUUGUAACAGAAUUGAUCAGAGAAGCUUCUAGAAGAUGCAAUAUAAUUCUACAGUAUCUGUAAGCUUUUAAAGAGCUUGUAUAAUGCUGCAAAUGCUGUCUUUGAAGCAAACAACAUACUGCAAACAUCUAUCUUCCUAAUCUUCAAGAGCUUCAUGCAAGUCUAACUCAGGCAUCAACUGAUUCAGACAGUUUCGUUAGCCUUGUAGCCCAGAAAAUUAUUCAAAGGCUCGAGGAGUAUUUGAAGAAUAUGUUCUUGGUUUUGACAAUUGCUACAGUGAUGGAUCCUAGAUGCAAGAUGAAGUAUCUAGAGUUAUCUUUCUCAAUGAAAGGUGCAAGUGAUGGCAGUUCUGAUCUGACGACUGUUUUAACCACCAUUCCAAGUCUUUAUGAUGACUGCUCAACUAAUUUGCCUCGGAGCAGGAAGCACAAGGCCAAUUCGAUUUCUUCUAACUCAGGAGAGGAUUCUUCCAGGCAAGUUUCUGAUGAAGGUUCUUCUGAUUGGUUACAAAAAUACAAGCAGUUUGUUGAAGUUGAUAAUAGGCUCUAAUGUCAGAGCUGGAUUUGUAUUUAGUAGACGGUGUCUUGCCUUGGAGCCAGGAUUUCGACAUGCUGGACUGGUGGAAAGCUGAAAGCCCAAAGUAUCCUGUUUUGGCAAGGAUGGGGUGCGACUAUCUGGCCAUUCCUGUUUCUGUUGUGACUUCAAUAGCUGCAUACUUCACUGUUGAGAGAGAAAUUGGUGGACGUUUGGCUUCCUUACAAUCGGACGUGAUGAAUGCCAUGAUGUGUUCUCGGAGCUGGUGCCCUUCUGAUACAAAAUUCAAGAUAGGGUCUCUGAUGGGGGAUAUGGAUUUUCUAGUAGAGACAGAAUUUGUUGAAGAUAUACUUUUCCACAUCUGAACCAAAGAAAUUUAGUUUAAGAUUUAAUCUGAAACAUUUUAUAUGUGGCUUCCAUGUGCCGUUGGAGCAGUAGGCAUGAGUGUAGUAUUAGGCUCUUGAUAUGGACAUUUUUCAGCUUCUUUUUGGUGCUAUGUUAUCACUCCAUGUCUUUUAGUUUUUGAAGCUUGGGAAAGUGGGUUCUGGAUGUAUGAAUUGGGUCCCUGCGUCCGUAUAUUCUUUCUCGGUCUUUUCGUUGAGCUUCUUGGCAGGACUUGAAAUUAAAGCAGCUAAUUGUUUACAGGCCACAUGAUUUGAAGUAUACAUAUAAUGCAAAAUGCAAAAAUUAUGGUUGAUUUUCAUAUAUUCAGGAAUAAAAGACCUGACACUAUUUGUAAGCAUUUAGAGAGCUUGUAAAACGCUGCAAAUGCUGUCUUUGAAGCAAAACAACAUACAGCAAACAUCUAACUUUGCAAUCUUCAAGAGCUUCAUGCAAGUCUAAACUCAGGCAUCACAGUUUCAUUAGCCCUAUAGCUUAGAAAAUGCUCGAGCAACCUGGUAGUAACAUAGGGAUUCUGUACAACUCUGAAUGGAAGGCAUGAACCGUCUUUUGCAUUAUAGGGAGGUAAGAUAUGAGUUUUUCCAAAAUUAAAUUCUUCACAACAAGCUGGUUAAUAUUACUAUUUGUAGCAAGGAAAUUCUAUUUCAUCACAUGAGCAAGGAAAUCCUAAUUCGCCACUGGGUGAUGUCAAUGAGAAUGCUGGUGAGCAUGAAUAUGAUUAUAAAAAUUAAAAAAAUAAUAAAUAAAUAAAUAAAUAAAAAGCCCAUGGCUCCUUCCAAUUUCAUUUGCUUCGAAGAUGUACCGCCACAGUUUGCUAUAAGUGAUUCCUUCAAACGUUUCAUGUCUAUGGUUAACCCACAAUUUCAGGUUGAUUUGCAGACUAUUGGAAGGGAGUGCUUGGAUGUAUACAAGGACGAGAAAGUGAGAAUCAAAGAGAUCUUCAAACAAUUUGACUGUAAGAUUAGUCUAUCAGUAGACAUAUUGAAGCAUGAGAGAUUUACUCAUCAUAUUACUUAUUACUAUCACGAAUUUUUGUGCCUCACAGCACAUUUUACUGAUAAAAUUUGGAAAUUGAAGAACUGUGUCGUGUUUUGGAGCCAAAUUAUGUUUUUUCCUGGUGAAAGUGUUCCGUAUGCUCUAAGAGACUUCAACAUUGAGGACAAAGUAGCUACACUUACGAUGAUUAAUAGUGAUUGCCACGAUGAACUGGUUGAGGCUCUGGAAAACCAGGUUUGGCAAAAGGUGGCAUUUCAACUCAAUGGCAUGUAUAAUGGUUCGGGAUGCAUUUGAAGAGAAUAAAGAUAUUAUUGACAUGGUUCGUGAACUGUACUCGUUUGGUAGAUCCUUACUCUUAUGGCACCUUACUAGCCACACUCUAAAACAGGCUUUAGAAUUGUGGUUUAUGGGUAGAUAUUCUUCAAAAAAUGUAACUGACCAUUAUGCUGUGCCUUCUGCUGAGCAAUGGAAGAAGGUUGAAACUGUUUGUAAACUUGUUGGAAAGCAUAUAUGAUGUAGCAAAUGUGUUUUUUGAAGCAAAGCAUUCAACUGCAAACAUUUAUCUUUAUCAUCUUUGUGAGCUCAUGGCAAUUUUGAUUCAAGCAUCCUCUAGCUUAGAUGACUUCAUUAGAUAUGUGGCUGAGGAGAUCCUAAAGAAGUUUGACCAAUACUGGAAGGAUGUGUUCUUGGUGUUGGCAAUUGCAAUAAUGCUGGAUCCUCGGUUCCAAAUGAAAUACAUAGAAUUUGCUCGUUCAAAAUCUGAGGGCAGUAAAGGCAACUUGCAAAUUGAAUCUAUCAUGGUAGCUUUUCACAGCCUUUGUGAUAGUUAUGCAACUCUUUUUCCUCAAAGUGAUGACUCUGAUUCAGAUGUUACUGAUUUGGAAAAAAUAUGGUCUCUUUCUCAGAUGAAUAAAAGCCAGAACUCAAUUGACAGCUUUAUUGUCUUGCAAGACUAUCACCAAUUCAUCCAAUCUUCUUCUCAGCUGCCGAAGUCAGAUCCGGAAUGGUACUUGGAGGAACCUGUUUUAUCCUGGAGGCAAGACUUCAGGGUAUUGGGUUGGUGGAAAGCAGCUACUGCUAAGUGUCAUACUCUGCCUAGGAUGGCCCAUGAUUUCUUAGCCAUUCCAAUUUCUGAGGCUACUUCAUUUGAAGCGUUUUACCUUCUUCUUUUUGCUAGUUUAGUUUGUUCUAUGCUGCAAUAUUGAUUUUGUUUAAAGUUUAUGCUUUAGAUCUGAAAUAACGUGUUCUUUUUGGGUGAUCAUGCUUUAUGGUUGGACUGAGUUAUCUUCUAGCUGCAAGAAGGUGUUUCAUACAUGUAGUCUUUUUCUCCUGUCGCUUAGGCGUAGUGCUAGUGAUGCAAUGAAUAUAAGUCUCUACUUAAUUGGAUA